AUGGCUUCGCAAUCGACUUGGGCCCCUCCUGCCGGACCAUCGGACGAGCCAUCGCUCAAAAUUUAUAACUCAUUGACGAAGACCAAGACUGACUUCGUGCCCCGGAAUGGUCGGCUUGUAAAAUGGUACAACUGCGGUCCGACGGUUUACGAUGCUUCGCAUAUGGGCCAUGCCAGGAACUAUGUAACACAAGACGUCUUACGGCGCAUCUUGGUAGACUAUUUUGGAUAUGAUGUCCAUUUUGUUAUGAACGUUACCGACAUAGACGACAAGAUUAUUAGAAGAUCACGCGAGAACCACCUUCUCGAUAAAUUCAAAUCUAAUGCAAGUGCUCUCACUACUAAUCUCAUCGCGGAAGUCGAGGACGCGUGGAAGGUAUACCUUCGAACUCAGCUUGCGAAAGCGCUGGAAGAAACGGAAUUACCGGAAGAAGGCCGUGAAUUGGAAUGGUGGGGAGUCAUCUGGGACAAGGCCCAGGAUGCCGAGUGGAGGCAGGAUCGCAUGAAGAAAGACGAUAAAUUUGAUAUGCACUUAAAGGCGUUGGAUACUUCCAAGAGAGCGUUGUCCGCAUCAAAGGCCCUGGUUACGAAAGGACAAACGUCUUCAGAAGACGCUUUACGGCUAAUAGACGAGUCACAAGAUGUUCUUGUCAAAGCGCUUGAUAAAAAGUAUGGCAAUGAGGUCACCGAUCCGGCACUCUCGCGGUCUCUCGCUCGGUAUUGGGAAGGAGAAUUUUUCAAGGAUAUGACGAGACUCCGUGUUCGUCCGCCAGAUACACUCACUCGCGUGACAGAAUAUCUGCCAGAAAUCAUCGCAUUUGUUGAACAGGUCAUAAAGAAUGGCUAUGCUUACGAGAGUGAAGGCAGCGUCUACUUCGACGCGGGUGCUUUUGAGCAGGCUGAUGGACACGCGUAUCCGAAACUCCAACCCGGCAGCAAAGGCAACAGAGAGCUACUUGAGGAAGGCGAAGGUGUACUUGCACCGAAGGCGGUGGGCCAGCGGUCAAAGAGCGACUUCGCCUUGUGGAAGAACUCAAAGCCUGGCGAGCCGUCGUGGCCGUCGCCUUGGGGCGCGGGCCGUCCGGGAUGGCAUAUCGAAUGCUCUGUAAUGGCUAGUGCUAUUUUCGGUGACAAUAUGGACAUUCAUUCCGGCGGAAUUGACCUGGCAUUUCCUCACCACGAUAAUGAAAUGGCCCAAUCCGAGGCUUAUCACAAUUGUAACCAAUGGGUUAAUUACUUUAUACACACGGGGCAUCUUCACAUCGAGGGUCUGAAAAUGAGCAAAUCACUCAAGAAUUUCAUCACUAUUGACGAAAUACUUCAGCGUUACUCUGCGCGGCAACUGCGCCUUGCGUUCCUGACGCAGCUUUGGAAUUCAAAGGUAGACUUUACCGAUAGCCUCAUGACGGGAGAAGUCCGCACGAUAGAAACAACCCUUAAUAAUUUUUUCGCCACCAUCAAAGCCAUAUGCCUGGCCCAGACACAAAACCAGCCGAGCGAAGAACAGCAUCGAUAUGGUGCUCCAGAACGUGAAUUGCAAGACUUCUUCCGGGAGACGCAGACCGCCUUCCGGGCCGCGUUGUGCGAUUCUUUCAAUACACCGUUGGCACUUGAGACGCUGCUGAAACUCGUAUCACGGACAAACGUGUACGUCAAUGCGCAAGGCAGAAGCUUAAACGUGGAUGUUGUCGAACAGCUCGCCUCUUGGGUCGGGAAAAUGCUACGAAUGUUCGGCCUUGGUGAAGGCCCCGCAGCAAAUUCAGAUGCCGAGAUCGGGUGGGGCGAGGAACGGGAAAGCGGUCCAAUAAACGAUGAAAUACUCAUGCCCUACUUGCGGACUUUGUCCUCCUUCCGGGACGGUGUCAGACAUCUUGCGAUCGCGGGUGGAGAUGGGGCGCUCCAAAGCAUUCUCGCACUCUGUGACCAAGUCCGGGACGUAGAUCUUGUCCCACUAGGAGUCGCUCUGGAUGACCAAGAAGAUGGAAAAGCCCUUAUCAAACUCGUCGAUCCCGCACAGUUACAAAGAGCUCGCGACGAGAAGCGAGCCUUAGCCGAAGCAAAGGCUGCUAAGAAAGCAGCCGUGGCAGACGCAGAGCGCCAAAAGCGUUUGGCUAAGCUCGAGAAAGGCCGCACACCGCCCAGCGAGCUGUUUAAACCUCCGAACGUCCCCGCGGGUACAUAUGGCACAUAUGAUGACUCCGGAAUUCCGUUGACAGACGGCGAGGGAAAUCCGCUCAGCAAGAACGCCGCCAAAAAGGUACAGAAGGACUACGCCGCCCAGGUGAAGGCGCAUCAGGAGUUUCUAGCGUGGCAGGCAAAGGAAGGCAGUUGA